AUGGCCCCGUCAUUCUCCGGAGAGAGGUUGGUCGUGCUAACCGAGAACAUUGCAGUCAGGAUCUCACCCAUUAUUCGUUCCUUCCAACGUGAGGACCAAUCGAAAUGCCAAAAAAUUUUCAAGGACGGAUAUCAAGAGUUUAUCAAAAAUUUAACCAUCGUAUACCUUUUGCUGCUGGUAAGGUAUAUUGCAAUAGCUGCUGUGUUUGCAAUACUUGCAGCAGGGAUUUGGUCGGCGUGGAUCUUUGCUGUGUUUGUGGUGAUGGCAUUCAUGGUUUUGGCAUUCAUCUGCAUUUAUCUACAGUUGUCGGGCUGGCUGUAUAGUAAUCAUACGCUGAAAUCAGGUGACUUAAAGGACAUUGAAGAAACCUACAUGUCGAAUAAAAACUCGCGCAUGUGGGUGGCAGAGUUGAACGGAAGUGUUGUUGGCAUGGUGGGCCUCCUUCACAAUGAAAACUUCGAACAAGGUGUUUAUGAACUCAAGCGCAUGUAUAUUGUGCCUAAUUGUAGAGGAAUGGGAAUCGCUAAACACUUGAUCAACGAAUUAAUCUCACAUGCUAAGACAACUAGAUUAAAAUUGAUUAUGGUAAAAACGACAUCCACACUGAUGCCAGCGAUUCAACUGUACACGAAAAAUGGUUUCACAUUUUCCAGUGAUGAUUUAAAUGGAAAAUCAACCGACGUGCCUGCCAUUAACAAACGGAAUUUACCAAAAGACGUACAUCUUAAGCUAGACAUUUCCUCGUUAGCUGCACCUUAA